AUGAAGAUUUUAUUACAGUUACAGAUGUUCAGGUUCAUCUGGAGUCCUAAGUUUCCUAGGAGGUAUUUUCAUCAAGGAUACCAGGUUCUGACUCCUCUGAGUCUUUCUGAUUUUGAAGCUAUAAAUCGCUGUGAACGGGACUUACCAGAGAAUUUUAACUUUGCUGGGGAUGUACUGGAUAGAUGGGCACAGGCUGAAAAGAAAGGAGAGCGUCCCCCCAACCCAGCAUUAUGGUGGAUUAAUGGCAAAGGAGCUGAGGUGAAAUGGAACUUUGGGGAGCUGGGCCUCUUAUCCUGCAAAGUGGCCAAUGCCCUCUCCAAGUCAUGUGGCCUCCAAAGAGGAGAGAGAGUAGCUGUGAUUCUACCCAGAGUUCCAGAGUGGUGGCUGGUCAAUGUGGCUUGUAUGCGAACAGGACUUGUCUUCAUGCCUGGGACAAUCCAGUUGACAGCCAAAGACAUUCUCUACAGGCUAACAGCAUCCAAGGCCAAGUGUAUUGUGGCUAGUGAGGAGGUAGCCCCAGCUGUGGAUUCUAUUGUGUCCAACUGCCCUGCUCUUAAAACCAAGAUCCUGGUGUCAGAAAAUAGCCGCAGUGGAUGGCUAAACUUCAACGAGUUAUUUGAGUCAGCCUCUGAAGAACAUAACUGUGUGAAGACAGCAAGCCAUGAACCGAUGGCUAUCUAUUUUACCAGUGGGACAACAGGCUCUCCCAAAAUGGCCCAGCACUCCCAGAGUAGCCUUGGUAUUGGGUACACUCUUUGUGGAAGGUACUGGUUGGACUUGAAACCUUCAGAUAUCAUGUGGAACAUGGCUGAUACAGGCUGGGUGAAAGCUGCCAUUGGUAGUGUCUUUUCAACCUGGCUUCAAGGAGCCUGCGUCUUUGUGCACCGCAUGGCCCAGUUUGACACGGACGUCUUCUUAGAUACGCUCAACAACUACCCCAUAACCACUCUCUGCAGUGCCCCAACUGUAUACCGGAUGCUUAUACAAAAAGACCUUAAGAGCUAUAACUUCAAAACUUUGAGGCACUGCUUGACUGGAGGGGAGCCACUUAACCCAGAAGUGAGGGAACAGUGGAAAAGCCAGACAGGACUGGAGCUGUAUGAAGGCUAUGGACAGACCGAAGUGGGAAUAAUCUGUGCCAAUCAGAAAGGAAACGAAAUUAAACCUGGAUCAAUGGGAAAGGGAGUGCCACCUUACGAUGUCCAGAUCAUAGAUGAAAACUGUAAUAUUCUGCCACCUGGUAAAGAAGGGGAAAUUGCUCUUAGAUUGAAGUCUACAAGACCAUUCUGUUUCUUCUCGGAAUAUGUGGAUAAUCCAUCAAAAACAGCUGCCACCAUCAGGGGGAAUUUUUAUGUCACUGGAGACCGAGGGAUAAUGGAUAGUGAUGGCUAUUUUUGGUUUGUUGGGAGAGCUGAUGAUGUCAUCAUAUCAUCCGGGUACCGAAUUGGACCAUUUGAGGUUGAAAGUGCCCUAAUUGAGCAUCCAGCUGUUAUAGAAUCUGCUGUUGUCAGCAGUCCAGAUCCUAUCAGAGGAGAGGUGGUGAAAGCUUUUGUGGUUCUAUCUGCGCCCUUUAAAUCUGCCAAUACAGAGACACUGGCUCUCGAGCUUCAGAAUCAUGUGAAAAAAUUAACUGCACCCUACAAAUAUCCCAGGAAGGUGGAAUUUGUUCAAGAACUCCCAAAGACAAUCACUGGGAAAAUAAAGCGAAAUGUGCUAAGGGACCAAGAGUGGGGACGGGCUUAGCCUGACCAGAACACCGAGACACUACUUAAGAACUUACACAGAGUUCUUCUGUCUGCUUUUACCUUUGCUUUCUGCUAAUCUUGACUAGUUACUAUCAACUCACAGUAAAAACCAAAAUGUUAAAUCCUUACUUUCCUUAUAUAUAUAUUUUUUUAAGCUCUAAGAUAGUCCAAAAAAUUUGGGAAUAUUUUAGCCUGUAGAGCCAAAAAUUGAAACUGUAUUUCAACUGUCUUGUAUCUUACUGGCUAAAAAAAAACUGCUAAGAACUUCAGAAGUUAAUGUUUCACGGAGAAAAACUACAUCUUUCCAUUCUUUAUAUAUUAUAUUUGGUUAGGUUUAUUUUUUAAAUUGGCAAAGCAUCUAAUCCAAGUUUUAGAAGCUCAAUAGUUCCAAAAAAUGGAUUUAGCAAGCUUUAAAAAACAUGAUUUCCUGAUGCCUUUUAUAUUUUACACCAAAUAAUCAAAACCAAUAGACAUAGCAACCGUAUGACCACAGUCCCCCUACCCCUAUACUCCUCAGGAAAGGGACCAUCUGUACUCCAUAACCAAUACUGGUCAUUCCACCUAAUCUGAAUUCAGCUACCUUUUAAGUACUGUUUUCAUCAAAAUUAUCAUAGUUACUGGCUACAUUUUUCUCCUAGUUUCACUUUCAUAGCUUGUAAUAUAAUUUCAAGAACAUUUUGAUUUAAAGAAAAUUAACUAAAAUAUCCCUAUUUACAAAACAGGUUAGGGGUGAUUAACUUUGUUUUUUAAAUAUUCUUGGCUUUAUAAAAGGAACUCUCCACUUAAUCCUUUUUAUGUAGUGAUUAACUUUCCACACAGUUUCAUAUCUAUUUCAAGAAUUUGUGAUUUCCUUGGGGGAUAGGGGGAGAAAUACUCUAUCACCUGACAAAGAUCAUUAACUUUUCUAUGAUUUACUAGAUCAUCCUUGGAGGUUGCUACAGCUGAAAAAAUGAAUUACCCUUACAGCCACAUUUUCACACUUCAGUAGGCUGGUCUACAGACCUCGGGCCACUGCUGGGUCCAUACUCAAAAGCCUGUGCAGCUUGAUAAGACCUACCUUCACUUAUAUUCUAUGAGUACAGCCUUUAAGAACCAAAGAUCACUGUCACAUUAAAAUGAGGAAGGCCCUGGUUUUGUAUAUAUUUAUAUUUAUUCUAAGAGCCCAUGCUCUUUGUUGUUGUUGAGUCAUUCAGUCGUGUCUG